UCAAAUGUUUUAGAUUUCUGAAACUGCAACUUUUCAAAGUAAUAAAGUAAUUUAAAAAAAUAAUCAAUUGUGAGUGACAAAAGUGAAAUGUGAGUUUUCAUAACAUGUCUCUAUUUAAUUUUGUUUUAAAAGUUUGUUUUGCGUGAGUCUAACACGAAGUUUCAGGUUUGUUGGAGAACUUCACAGAUGAGUGAAAGAUUCAGCACCACGGACAGCUCCUCUCUCUCUCUCUCCGCGCUCUCCCGCACGCGCACGCGCACUGUCUCUUCCGGGCGCUCGCUCGCAGCUGGCUGUGGUUCAGCUCCUCCCUCUGAGCCGUGGCUUUCCCCACCAAACCUCCUCGGACGUGCACAGUUUCGCUGAGGAGCGCGUUUCCUUCUCAGAUCCGCAUCGACCCGGGCGAGGCGCGUUCAGGUGCCGGAUCAGGUCUCCAGCCGUCCCUCACCCACAUCUCUGCCAGCGAUGGAGGCUCGGGCUGGCGCGCGCCCAGACUGGCACUUAUCUCUGGGCAUCUGGGUGAUGAUCGCCGCGUUGCAGCACGCAGAGGCGGGGAUCACUUGUGCCCGUUGCCCGUCUCCGGUUCGGCUGCAGCAGGAGGAUUUACAGCUGACAGAGGAGAGCCUGAGGAGCGUCCAACUGGAGUUCAGAGCCGAGGACGGCAGUUUGGAGGAAGUUGCUCCACAGGAUGCUGCCCUCGGGUCCGGCAGGGAUCGGGGAUCGGGGGCGGCGGGGAGCGCGGACAGUGCGCUCCUGAGAGCCAAGAGGAGCGCUCCGGAGUUGGCAGAGUUCGGUGGCGCGGAUGUGGGCGCGCCGGGGGAGCGGGGCCCCGCGCUGGACGGGCACAGAGGGGGCAGACCCGAGCUCCGCUGGAGCAGGGAGGACGGCGGAGCGAGUAACCCGCUAAGCAGCAGCACUUUCGCGCUGACGGGGGACUCUGCGCACAACCACGCCGUGGUGUACUGGUCAGGACGCAACAGCAGCGUGAUCCUGAUCCUCACAAAGCUCUAUGACUUUCACAUUGGCAGCGUCACGGAGAGCACGCUUUGGAGAUCCACUGACUAUGGCUCCACGUAUGAGAGGAUGAACGACAAAGUUGGAUCCAAGACCGUCCUCAGCUACCUAUACGUCUGUCCGUCCAACAAGAGGAAGAUUAUGGUGUUGACCGAUCCGGAGUUCGAGAGCAGCGUCCUCAUCAGUACCGACGAAGGAGCCAGCUUCCAGAAGUUCCGCCUCUCCUUCUUCGUCCUGAGCCUUUUGUUCCACCCCACAGAGGAGGACUGGGCUUUGGCUUACAGCCAUGACCAGAAGUUGUACAGCUCACUAGACUUUGGAAGGAAGUGGCAGCUCAUCCAUGAACACGUCACCCCAAACAGGUUCUACUGGUCGGUUGCAGGUCUGGAUAAGGAGCCAGAUCUGGUGCACUUGGAGGCUCACACUCCAGAUGGAAAUGUGCAGUACAUCACAUGCAGAGCUCAGAUGUGCACGGAGGGUAACAGGAACUAUCCUUUUCCCGGAUUCAUUGACAUCAGCUCCCUGAUAGUUCAAGAUGACUACAUUUUCAUACAGGUUCCUACAUCAGGACGAGCCACCUACUAUGUGUCCUACAGGAGAGACUCCUUCAUAGAAAUCAAACUUCCCAAAUAUUCCCUGCCUAAGGAUUUACACAUCGUCAGCACGGAUGAGAAGCAGGUGUUUGCGGCGGUGCAGGAGUGGAACCAGAACGACACCUACAACCUCUACCUGUCCGACACACGGGGGAUUUUCUUCACUUGGGCCAUGGAAAAUGUCAAAACCACCAGGGGCAUUGGCGGGAACCAAAUGCUGGACCUCUAUGAGGUGGCUGGAAUAAAAGGCAUGCUGAUCGCAAACAAGAGACAGGACAGCCAGGUGAAGACCUACAUCACCUACAAUAAAGGCAGAGACUGGAGGCUGCUGCAGGCUCCGCCCACAGACCUGGAUGGGAAUGAAAUCCAUUGCAUACUGCCUUUCUGCUCCCUUCAUCUGCAACUCCAAACGUCAGAGAACCCGUAUAUAUCAGGAACCAUCUCUACCAAGAGUUCUUCACCGGGAAUCAUCGUCGCCACAGGAAAUAUCGGAGCCGAGCUGUCUUACAACAACGUGGGCAUGUUUGUUUCAUCAGACGCUGGGAACACCUGGAGACAGAUAUUUGAAGAGGAACACAAUAUUUGGUUCCUGGACAGAGGAGGGGCUCUGGUUGCUGUGAAACAGCCAUCGGUUCCAACCAGAAACUUGUGGGUCAGCUUUGACGAGGGGCGACAGUGGAGCCAGUACACGUUCUCCUCGGUGCCAUUGUUCGUGGAUGGGGUCUUGGUGGAGGCCGGUGCUGAGAACCAAAUUAUGACUUUCUUUGGCCACUUCAGCCAUCGCUCCGAGUGGCAGCUCAUCAAGAUAGACUACAGGGCCAUCUUCAGCAGGAAGUGCACGGAGGAGGACUAUCAGACGUGGCACCUGCACAACCAGGGUGAGCCAUGCGUGAUGGGACAAAAGCAGAUUUACAUGAAACGCCGGCCUGGAAACCACUGCAUGCUGGGAGUCGACUACUCCACCGUCCUGUCAGCCGAGUCGUGCAUUUGCCGAGCUCAUGAUUUCGAAUGUGAUUAUGGAUAUGAACGGCGCAGCGACGGAAACUGCCGGCCCUCCUUCUGGUUCAAUCCCUACACCGUUUCCAGGAGCUGCAGCCAAGGUCAGAACUUCUUCAACAGCACAGGGUAUCGUAAAGUGGUGCUAAACAACUGUACCAAAGGAGUCAAAGAGAUUUACACAGCCAGAAAGCAGCAGUGCCCCAACAGACCUCCUAAAGGACUUGUGCUGACCACAAAAGACGGCAAGCUCACCGCCAACCGUGGCAGCAACGUCACCUUCCUGGUGCACUUUGACGAGGGCGACUCCAUGCGGACCAACAUCCAGCUGGAUUUUGGCGAUGGCACAGCCGUUUCUUACUCCAACUUGAGCUGGACUGAGGAGGGGAUCAAGCACGCAUACAAGUCAGCGGGAAUCUUUCGGGUCACAGCGCUUGCAGAAAAUACUCUCGGUUAUGACUCGACAACGCUGUUCCUGCAUGUCACUUGUCCGGUGGAGCACGUCCAGCUUCUCGCCCCAUUUGUGGUCAUCAGAAACAAGGAGGUGAACAUCACAGCGGUGGUUCUUCCUAUCCAGCCGCGCACCGUCACCUACUUCUGGUGGCUCGGCAACAACACGGAGCCCCUGAUAACGCUGGAUGGGAGUAUCUCCUACACCUUCAGGAGUGAAGGAAUGCAUACCAUCACUGUCCAAGUAUCUGCAGCCAACACCAUCCUGCAGGACACCAAGACCAUAGCAGUCAAAGAAUUCUUCAAAUCUCUACUUUUAUCUUUCUCCCCGAAUCUGGACGAGUUUAACCCCGACAUCCCUGAGUGGAGGCAGGAUGUGGGGAGAGUAAUUAAGAAGGCUCUGCUCCAAGUUUGUGACUUUCCGGGGGAGCAGCUCUUGGUUGCCGUGUUUCCAGGAGUUCCUACAGCUGCAGAGCUCUUCCUGUUACCCAACAAGAACCAAUCAGAGGGCAGGAAGAAGAGCGAGGACGCCCUAGAGCAGACGUCCAGCACCAUCGUGAAUGCCCUGAACCAAAAUCUGGUAGAGUUUGAGCUGAAGCCUGGAGUACGAGUGAUUGUGUACAACACGCAGUUAACACUGGCGCCCUUGGUGGACUCCAGCCCCCGGCACAACAGCUCUGCGAUGCUCAUGCUCCUGUCGGUGGUGUUCCUCGGCCUGGCCGUCUUUCUCAUCUACAAGUUUAAGAGAAAAAUACCUUGGAUCAACAUAUACGCUGAGGUGAACCAAGAGAAGGAGCAGGAGAUGAUCGGCUCAGUGGGUCAGAGCGACAGCACGCCAAAAAUCACCCUGAGCGAGUUCACCGCAUCGAAAGAACUCAUGGAGAAGGAGCUGGACGCUCGGGUCAAGAGAGGAGUCGGGAACGCCUGCGAGAGCACAAGGGAGAUUCCAAACUGUACCAGUGUGUGACGGCGCACAGCGACCGCUUAUGUACAGAGCGAGGUAUCAGCGUGUUGGCCGCUCUCUUUUUCUGUUUUGUAAUUAACACAGCUGAUGUUAAUAGUUUUCUAAAGACCUCAUUUAUACAGACUUGCAUGGAUGUCUCAUUCUGCCGCAUCCAUUGCAGCAAGUUUACUGAAGAAGGUCGUUGUAAUUACAGACAAAACUCGCUCGGUUUUGUGGAUGUAUAAGCUGCAUAAUGGUUCUCAUUUGCUCAGUGAAAUCUCUUUUGUGGAUGAGUUCUGUAAAUUUUCUGGAGGAGUUUGCUUUGAAAAUCAUUCUGCCUAAAUGUAGACUAUAAUGUCUGAGUCUCAGUCAAACAGGGAAUAUUAUUGAAGUGUACUAUAUCAUCUUUUGCUCUGUUCAGUGUAUAUACUUUCUACAUGCUUGUCUCAGAACCAUGAAGACGAGAGAAGAUCUGUUUUUCAGAAAAUGUGUCCAAAAAAAAGACAAACAUUACUUAAAGAAUCCAUUUGCUUUGCUAAGGUCCUUGACUUGUGCAUGUUCUUACUGAGGACACAUUCACGUGUUGUAGAUAAAGCAAGUGUUGUAAAUAGUUAUUUUUUAAACAUUAGUCAGAAGAGCCCCUGCUUGGAUUCUGUUCUGCUCACAUGCUCAUCAGUUCCAGUUGGGCGGUCCUGUUUGUAAGGAUUGGUCUGGGAGCCAGAGAUGUUGGACUAAUACUCGUUUUCUCUGCAAACACAAUGGAAGGGUCAUAUUUUCAGUAGAGAUGUACACCUGGUAGUCUGACUAAAGGACUAAGAGCUUUUAGUGAAACAUUAGUUGCUGCUGGCAUCAUUAUGUUACAUUUUGCCUUUAAACCAACAAAGUUUGGUCUCUGAACAUCAGAUGUGAAGUUUUGUCCAGUGAUCAAAGUUACAGCUCAACAUUUUUUUUGGGUAAAUUUGUGACAUUGUUACCUUAAAAAGCGACAAAUUUAUUGUUAUGUCUUUCUCAUUUGUCCGCAUUUGGGUCUAAUUUCUAGAUUUCCUUCAAAACACUGUUAAAAAUACCUAUUUCUCACCGAAGACAUUGAGUUUUAGUGAUCUUCUUGAUAUAUUAAGUAAGGGAUAAUGCCCAACAAAGUUUGCAUUAUAAGAGAUUAACACACAACGCAGAGACCUGAACUGUCCAACAAAAAGCAGAGGACGGUUGCUCCCGCGAAGUGCUUUCGUUUCUCAUAAUUCACACUUCAAAGGGUAUUAUCCCGCUUAUACCACAAAAGAAAUAACUAUUCAAUCAACAUUUAGAACUUUAUUAUUGUGAUUUCUUCGCUUUUUUCCUUAAAAGUGUACAAUUUCACACGUGAUGCGGCUUGUUGUCACGGUAACAUGGCAACAUGGCACUGAGCGGGAAGCUGACACAGAAUGGUAUAAUUGUGGCAAAAAACACCAGAAAUUAUUUUUUACAAAUAUGGCACCAAAUAAAGAGGGAACACACACUGAUUUUACAGAACAAGAGGCCACUUUCUUACAGGACGUCUUUUCUAGGUCCUCCGUUUUUGUGGAGCGGUCGUGGUACCCUGUUACAUUCUGUACCAGCUUUUCACCGAUCACCCUUCUCGUGUUUGAGUCUGCAAGAUAAUGCAAUAUAGUCCUUUAAAAAAAAAAAAAAAAAAAAACGGCUGACAUCCAUCACCAAAAUUAUAACUGAUGGACAUCACAUCUCUAAACUCAUCUACAAGCUGCUGCAUUUUUAUUUUAUCUUAAAUGAGUGAUGUUUUCCCAUUUGAAAAUUUACAUCUUCACACAUAGUCUUAAGUGAUAAAAUUAAGUUCCCAAAUAAAGUAAAGUGUCCAAGCUUCUCCAGAUUAUUGGCGUAUAUUUUCAGAGUAAAGAAAGUGACUGAGAAAGACUACACUCAUCUGUUGAUCUUUUGUAAAAGAUUUCCCAGUGUUUUUUAUUAUUAUUCUUAUUAUUAUCUUAUCGUUUGUAGGGAAAAUACUUAAAAUGAAAAAAAAAGAAAAGUCAUUUUCUAUGACACUUCCGGCAAAGUAGUAAGAUUUGAUCAGAAAUUUGCCAUCUUCAGCCUUUUUAGUUAUCAAUUGCAGCAUCUUCAGCAGCCAAAUUCAGCUUACAGCAUUCUCAGUAGCAUUAUCGCAGAUAAUGCUAUAUAUCUAGUUCAUAAUUACAGUAAAAAUUUUGUUUUAGAGUGUUCAGUAAACAUUUAUCCCGUUUGGCCCGCGACCUAAGGUGUGUUUUGGAUUUUGGACACCCCUGGUUUGGAGCUUGUUAGAUGUAAAGUCAGCAGUUUAGAGUUCCUGCUUACAAAUUUCUAUUUUCUAUACAACAAUCUAAACCUUACCCAAGCACAGAGGCUUAACGGGGAAAAGGUGACAGUGCUUGUUAGCAUACAAGACACAACUAUAUAAAGUGUGAACUUAAUGCAAGUGGAAAAACUAAGCAAGAAGCAGGGAUGCUCUGUUUCUGCUUAAUCUGAAGACAAUUACACAGCCAAGCAGUUAAAGAACACGCAGUGAAGACAAAACGGUGACAUGCUCCUCUAAAGGUCAGCCUCAGAUACAUGCAACAAUCGCUAACCUGAUCUCAUCUGAAGUCAAGCAUUCAGCAGCCUUAAUCAACAGUAAAAAGACAGUCAGGUGAAGGAUUAGUUAAUCCUUUGAGGGUGUAUGUCUUUGUCCCAACUGUGUCUUCUCACCAGCCACCUCUCCAUCACCCACAUGAAGAGAAAAGAGAGCUGGACUUCUGAGCGUAGGACGCUGCAUGCAGACGCCGCACGAGUAAACAGCAUGAGAAGCGAGGGGGUAAAGGGAGCUCAGUACAAAGGUAUAGGCUGUCACAUCGCAUAUGCAUUACCUCGAACAGAAUGCUCUCAUCUCAGACCAAACAUCGAGACCAGUGUGAUACGCAGAGAGCACACUGAACAAAGAUUACACGCAGCUUUGUUGUGCUCACUUUGUCACAAACAAGUUGUUUGCUUGGGUGACUUUUGUUUGGGCUUAGAUCUCCAACUUUUGUUUUCAGAUUUUUUGUGACAAGUCUCAAAAAAGCUUCAGUAUCUCAGACUCGUGGUGGACUUUAUUUGUGCCAAAUUUGUAACUAAUCAUGGUAAAUUUGACAAAACUGUUAGGAAUCUGAAAUGUUGUUGCAUCAGUAUAUUGGCAACGUCGCCUCAAUGAACCCCAAGCGCUGACUGCUUUGAUCACUGGAAACCAACCCUGGACUUGGUGGCAGAUUUGACUAAAAGCACCAGAGAAAUCCACACAAGAACAGCUGCCGGAAAUCUGUUGUAAUUUUUCAGAAGGCUAAAGCAUUGUAAUGUUUGUCUGUGCACCAAAAGCUACUGCGCAUGCCUCAUCAGUAAUGUUCAUCUUUACUUCAAUAUUUCUACGGUCAGGAAACUGUCAUUUUGAAAUUGUUUCAAAUAAAUGUAUUUUUGUACAUCAACAUA